AUGGUGACCUGGAAUGUCUUUCGGAUUAUUGCAGAUUUGUCCCAUGCAGGCUCAAUAUUUAUCCUGCUCUGGGCUAUUCACAGGAAUAAGAGCGCCGAGGGCAUCUCACUCCUCACGCAGUUGCUUUACGGCCUCGUCUUCAUAUUUCGCUAUCUUGAUCUACUUUUUCCAUCCACAUACACGGGAGGCACGUGGCACAGCAUCUGGAAUGUCUGCUUCAAGCUCUUUUACCUCAUCUCGUCCUCAUACCUGGUCUUCCUGAUGAUGAAGGUGUACCCACGGACAAGAGAAAGGGAGCGAGCUUGGAAGCUCGCUUUGUGGUCUGUGGUAGGGUCCCUUGUUUUGGCCCCUAUCUCCAUCUGGCUCUUCGACAGGUCCGACAGCAACUCUUCUGGUUACUGGUUUCUUGAGUUUUGCUGGGCUUUCUCUAUCAUUCUGGAGUCUGUGUGUGUUUUGCCGCAGCUCCUUCUCCUUCGCCAGACCACUGUCCCGACGGUGAUCGACUCGUACUACCUGCUUGCUCUGGGCUCCUACCGAGCAUUCUACAUCCUAAAUUGGAUCGUCCGCCUUUCCAAUAAGGAGCCCUUUUAUGAUUGGAUCGCGGUCGUAUUUAGCAUUGUACAGACUGCCUUUUAUGUCGACUUUGCGUGGGUGUACUAUUCGCGCCAGCGAGUCAAGCUUCGCAAUGGCGGUGUCAUCGACUCCGAGGACUAUGGGAACAGUUGGCUGGUGAAUCGUGUACUGAAUUUCCGGGCCUCGCGAGCCUCUACAGACGAAGAACAGCACCUUCAAGACGAGGAGGAAGGGGCGGAUGGUCAAUCUAACCACAACCGGUGGGGUGCUCGUGGUAUUUCCAUCGCAGCUGACGACACUCUGGAAAGCACUAGUCACAAUAAGGCACAUCGUGACAGUUUAGAUGGGUUUUCGGGAGACGAGGACGAAACUGAUGACCACCGAGUGAACAGUUCUCGCUGA